AUUCAAACCACCAUCGCCAUUUCGACAACAAUAUGGCGGCAAAGGCGCGCCAAUUGAGCGAAGUGAUCGAGAUUCCAGACUCACCUACGACUACACGGCGCGUUGCCAAAACGACGCCACCGCCAAAGCUUCUAGUCGCUUCCCAUGGCGCACAGCUGGAUGAUGACAUCAGUCGGCGCCAAAUCGAGAAGGCACUGAGGCGGAACGGUUGGAAAUACAUUGAAGGAGACUUGUUUGGCGGCGCGUACUGCACACCGCAUGUUAAGUUGAUCAAGGCCACGGGCAAGCUGUCUGGUGUCAACGGAGCCGACUACUUUGAUAGCCUUGAAUCGUUUGAAGAGCACGUUCGCACCACGCCUGAGCUCAUGAAUCUCGUUCGCCGUGAGGUUGAGAGUGGCAACUUGAACAACGAAGGGACGCUCACUCCAACGCCAGCGAAGCCUAAGAAACGCUUGUCCUACUCAGGUGUGGUAAAGCCAACGCGGCAGUCCACCGAACCGUCGGCACGGUCCCAACGCGACGUGGUUGACAUUCGAUUUGGCGAGAUCGACAACAUUUUGACUGGACGCGGGUGGAAAUGCGUCGACGGUCCGCUUGGAUUUGUCUAUUGCAAACCCCAUGUCGUCGUGAGUGGCCGCAAAACCAAGUUCUCUGGCGAACCAGGCAAAGACUUCUUUUACGGCCGCGAUGACGUGGAAAAGUACGUGCGGUCGAACCCCCAUUUGCUCAAGUCGAUUCGCGAUGAGCUGAUGGCGCCAUCCUCCGACUCGGAAAUCGAAGCGCCGAAGAUAAAGUCGUCACCAGCCACCCCAAAGACCAAAGGACGAACAACUACACGAUUCAGUUCAUCGCCCAAAGGUCGCCAUCCACCCAAAACCAACGUGACCCCAAAAGCCAACUCGACUUCGAAAACACCACCGUCGAGAAAGUUGAACGAGGCCACCAAACCCUCUAGCCACACAAAACGACAAAAACAAGUUGUAUCGCCGGCUAUGCUGCUGCCACCAAAGAAUAAACACCGCCAAAGUCUGGGGUCCCCUGCCGACGGCAACGGUGGUUCAUCUGGGGCUGAGGGUACGUCCACAGUCAAGAGUCCCGUCCAAACAACAAAUGCCGGCACGAAGAAGCGACCAGCAGUCGCUUCAAAAGACGACGACGUAGCAUCGAAGAAGCCUCGUCGAGCACCUGUGGGGUCUCGAGGAGCUGACACGCCUAAUGCUGUGCAGCAAGUGCCGGAGGCGGUCGCCGUGGAAACCAGACAUAGUGACCUUUCCUCACGCACGAUCGACAUGGGCCAUGACCCGGUCGUCGCAGACAACGCCGAAGAACAGUCGUCGUUCUGGCGAUGCGCAAUACAGUGAAGGGGACAGUUAAUCAAGAUAGCGCUGGAAAGGUUUGACGUGUAAUACUACAGAUGAUUGCAUGA